GUUUUCCUCCAGAUUGAGAAUGACCCUCCUGACAGUCGACCAGUCGACAGAGCGAGGUUUCUUCGCUUUGUGUCAACAUCAGCUGUUGUUUAGCUCGCGCGUGCAAUGACAGUUGUGAAGUUGUGUGUUUGUAUAUGUGUUUUACAAAUCGUCUGUGACGUGAGUGAAAAUGCAAGUCCUUGACAAGUUAAAUGACAUGUGCUCCUGAGUGAAAGAUGAACGGGAGUUUAGCAAUAUUACGUGGCCCCGAACAACAUCCAUCUAGGUUCGCGGAUUACUUCGUCAUCUGUGGCCUGGACAAGGACUCGGGCCUCGAACCCGAUAAAUAUUUUGGAGAUUCUUUGCAUAGUACACCGUUAGAUCGAGCAUAUAAAAGUAAAGUUUUAGGACAUUAUCCGGAUUCUGUGCCAUGGAAUCCAUUCGACUCACAUGCAGUUUGCAUGUUGUGUCUACCGAGCGGCCUCCGAUUUCGCACUCAAAAACACGCGGUGGAGCCGAUGUUUCACUCUUUUGUUCUCACGAAAGAAGACGGACACAGAACAUAUGGUUUCAGUCUCGUCUUCUACGAAGAAUGUCGAAAUCGGAAAAUCUGCGCCGCUAUGCAAACACUUCAAGCUAUGCACAUCACAGAAUUAAGCAGUGGCCAAAAUGGCUCAUGCAAUACAAGUAGUGAAGAAGAAGAGAAUUUUCUUUCUAGUCAGAAGAAAGGUCAAGAAAAUCAUAAUACAAGAUCAUUGCCAAGACAUUUUAAAUUAUCGGCUCAUUCACCUGGAGCCGCUUUAGCGUAUUAUGACUCGACCAAAGACAAAUUAUUAGUAACAAAAUCGAUAACCUUGCUCUGCCAACAACCUUAUCUUCAUGCUGCACGAACUUUUCUCACGAAUCUCUACAAAUGCGUUCCUAGACAUCCAGGGCCAGGGCUAAGUUUAGAAUCAUACGUUUACAAUCUUCUUUACAAUGUUCCGGUUCCCCUAUCUGGGAAAUCGUUAAAAUUUUUCGUUCCGAAUGACGAACCGGCAAAAUCUCCAUUGGAUUUGGUGAUUUAUCAACCUUCCCUGUCACAGGAAUUACCACUCCUCGAUUAUCCAAUAAAGGAGAUGUUUUCUUGGCUGGGAGUCGAUGUUGUUAUUCAACUGUUCACCUGUGUCCUUCUGGAGAACCAAGUUUUGCUGAGGAGUUCCGAUUUCCACAAAUUAAUGGUCGUCUCUGAAUGUAUGACUGCACUUCUGUUUCCCUUCUCCUGGCAACACGUCUACGUCCCCAUUUUGCCCGCCAGUCUCUAUCAUUUUUUAGACGCCCCUGUGCCUUUUAUUAUGGGUCUCCACGCUCAAAGUGAGGGAGGAAUUUUGAAAAUUGCCAGCGAGGCGAAUUUAUGUUAUGUGGAUAUUGACAAAUCGACGAGUCAAUUUCCCGAGGAAUUACCCGUUUUUCCACAUAAAAUGCAAUUCAUUGCUGAAAUUCGAUCUCUUCUGAAUAAAUACAAAGUACCUCACUUGGAAAAGACUGAUACUGUUGUUAUGAAUUAUCUGAAUGGUGAUAUCAUGACGAGUAGUUUAACCCUUCCUGGUUCCGGAAUUCAUCUUCCCCGAAGAAAACAUUCCUUGCACGAUGUCCUUGAUUGGGACAGACCUGAACCUCCAAUGCAGACUGACGCCUUGCAAAGAAUCGUUGAUAUUGUCAAAAGAACAGGAGUCACUUUGGAUGAUAUUGAGUCGGCGGAAAAUUUGACAAAAACUCAAAAUAUAACGUCCCAUGAAGAAUAUCAAGAAACGCUCAUUUUCAAUAAUGCGAUACGGGAGAUUUUUAUGAAUCGUUUCGUUCAGCUUUUUUCAAGUUACGACCAUUUUGUUAUUCAUCCGAGUCAAGAUAAGGACGAGUGGCUAAAUAAUCGGGACAGCAUGCAUGUUUUCGAUAAAGCAACUUUUCUCUCGGAUCAACCUGCUCAACAUUUGCCCUUUUUAUCCAGAUUCCUUGAAACUCAAAUGUUCGCCUCACUCGUCGAUUGUAAAGUUAUGUCAGCUUGGAAUGAAUUGGACUUCAAUAUUCGACUGUUCGACCAACGAAUUUUUCAAUUAAAAAAAAGAGUUGGAGAAGGAAUAAUUCGAUCACCUCGAUAUGAAGUCUGCACGAGUGUAACGGAAACGCAAAAUUUGCUGGAACAGAGGCUGACUAACGUGGACUUCGAAGCAAGUCCUCCGACUGAAAUAGUUCCACAUAGAGCUGCAUAUUUUCGAAGUUUUCCUCUUUUGGAUAGAACGGCCCUCAACAAAGAACCCGCCCAAAGUAUUCUUCGCAGUAGAAGAGGACAAACCCAGUGGAAAUACAAAAUGAAAGCUCUCGAGUCAAAUGGAAAAGUAACGACACCGCAAGAAACCCAGUCGCCCAGACCGCAGUCGAAAUUUUCCGCCGACCUGAAUCCAGCUUUAAUUGCUCAAACGAACUGGACUUUCGUUGAAACCUUGUUGAGGGACUGUAAAUCGAAAACGAAACGGAUGCUGGUUGAGAAAAUGGGAUCUGAAGCUGUGGCUCUUGGACACGGAGGUGAAUCUCUUUCGGACGUGGAGGAAAAUACGUUGGUUGCGAGUCUUUGUGAUUUGCUCGAACGCGUUUGGAGUCACGGUUUACAGAACAAGCAGGGAAAGAGUGCUCUUUGGUCCCAUCUCAAUAUGUAUCAGGAACUGGAAGACGCUAACGAUACUUCAAAAUCAGUCGAUGCGAAUUUUCUCUCUCCUGCAAAGAAACCUUCGACUAACUAUUUUGGGUUGACGGACCGUUUCGUUUCGUCUUUAAAGGAGAAAAACAUUUAUAAAAUCGCUACGUAUAUCAAGAACAAUUUUAACGACUUAUCGAACCUGGCUUUGGAAACGGACGUUUCGCCGACGAGAGGAACUGAAAGGAGUAGAACGCCGGUUGAAAGGAAAUCAAUAGGUCCUGAACAACUAAGACCUCUUCCCGAAUCUUUAAUCUUCGAUAUUCGAAAUGUUCAAGCGAUGACGGAUAUAAAAACUCACAUUGGAUACGCCAGAGCUUGGGUGCGACUGGCGCUCGAGAAGAAGCUACUCUCUCGACAUUUGAAGACACUUCUCACUAAUAGCGGAUUGUUGAGGAACCAGUACAAGAGAUCGGCAUUUUUGCGCUGCGAAGAGGAAAAAGAGCAAUUUCUGUAUCAUCUAUUGACACUGAACGCUGUUGACUACUUCUGCUUCACUAAUAAUUAUCCCUCCACAAAAUUACCGUACAGGGUCGUAAUAUUUCCGAGCAGAAAGGCAAGCGCAGCGACAACUUCCGCCAAUAGUUGGAUUGCGAUUUCCGGCACUCUCUGCGAGACGAAUCCUGUUCCAAUACCGAGAGGAGCACUCGAAUUUGUCUUUCAUCACAAGAAUCUGGGCGUUUUGUCGACUUUGCGAAUUGGCCACGACAAUGCGGGAGUGUCUCCAAAGUGGAUGGUCGAGCACGUUGUGGUGCGAAACGAAGUGACGGGGCACACUUUUAAAUUUCCUUGUGGACGAUGGCUUGGUCGCGGUAUAGACGACGGUUCCACGGAAAGACUGUUGGUGGGAGCUUUAGUUCCGAAGAGUAUCGACAGUGAGGAAUUGGUGGAAACGUGUUCAACUCCUCCACGAUGCAGAUCUCCUAGUAUUCCCAGAAAACCUUCAUUGUCUCAAAAUGAACUUCAACACAUGCUUGGAGAGGCUGUGAAUUCAAUAGUGAAAUUUCAUUAUCGAAGGGAUCCACAGGAAGGAUCUCUGACUGCCUUACUUUGUGGAGAAGGCGGUCUUGUUCCAUCACUCGAACAGAUUUUUCUCUUUGGAUUUAAAAACCAGAGGAUAUUUGGUCGCAACUUUUUCGUAUGGGAUUAUUUUUUGCGAGUGAAGGAGAAUUUCGAAAUGACAUUACUUGAAGAAAUGGACCAGUACUCGCAGAGACUCGGCAGAGACAGAAGAGGUCACAUGGAGAGCAGUCACAGAUUCGCAAUUUUGCGAUGCUAUUGCCACUUGAUCGAUCAAAUAAACACUUUCAGUCAGACCCUUGGAAAGGAUGGAAAGUUCCAGUUGUUCGUUUGCCUAUCCGCAAGAGAACAACUACUGCAUCCGAUGCUGCGUCCGAUGAGCGAGGCACGAAGCACAGUGGAAAUGUACGAAGAGCUUUCCUUUCUCAGAAACGCAACGUUGCUCACGUUCCUAAUUCAAAUUCUUGAGCCUCUCAGUGAAUUUCACAUUGUUCUUGAAAAAAGUCUCACUCAUGGAAUUUCCAGUCUCUGUUAAUUCGUGGAUCUUCCGAUAAUUAUUCCUCGUCGCUAAUUUCCCAGGCAGUACAAGAUUAGUUUUAAGAAAUUAUAUAGAAUUAGAUUGUUAGCGGGGGGAAAAAAUACUCCGAAGCGAGGUAACCAGAAGCUUCGCAAAUUGAAAGUUCAAAUUUUACGACCUUUUUACAUAUAUUAUAUUGAAAAUCGUUUCCAGUGAGAAAUUCAAAUUCGAAAUUUAAAAAGAAAAUGUGAUUUGAAUUUGAAAGCGUCGAUUUGACUCUCAGUCCUAAGAUGAAACCAAAGAUAUGAUCUUUUGCACUAUUUCGUUACCGCGUGAUUGACAUUAUUUUACGAAAAUACUCAUUUUUAUUGCUGUUGAUCUUUUUUCUUUACAUGUAAGUGAGAAUCUCGAUAAAGAUUUUAUUUCUUUCCGCAUGUCGUGUAAAUAAAUAAAUGUAGUUAGAGAAUUAUUUUAUUUACUUUUAGUUUGUUUUUAAAUCUGUUUCUAAUCAAUUUCUUUCAAAAUUGGAAAAUUUUUCGAUUUUCUCAUUGAUUUAAAAUCGACUUCUAACUUUUUCUUUUAUUGUAAAGUGAAACUGAAAUUGUAAAGUGGACUGAAUUCUCAUAUUCUAAAAGAUAUUAAAAAUUAAAGGAAGUUUAAAUGAUUUCAAGCAAGCUAGUAAAUUGUCUAUUCUAUGAAACUAGUGAUUCAAAUGUCUCGAUUAGAUAUUGUGCACAUGUUACGUAACUAAUAUUUUAGCAUAUUCAGUUUGAAAGAGAACAGAACUAGGAAUACGUUUGUCCUUGUUUGAGAGAAAAACUUUUCUACCCUCUUUGUAUGCGAUGUUUGUUGGUUAAUUGUAAGUGCAUUUUAAUGUCCUGAACACCCGUGAAAGUGAGAAUAUACGGAUUUUGUACAUAAAAAACGUCCAAAUGCACAAUAAAAAAUAAAGUAAUAUAAUUAGUCAUAAAAGUGAUUAUGGACCAAAACGUAAUAUCGAUUUUGGUGAACGUGUGUGAUUUUUGACAUUCUUCGCUCUCUACUAACUAUUUUUUAAAAAAUUCUAUAAAACUGCCCAAAAUGUUUCAAAGUAACAAAAAUAUCUCAUUUAAACUUUUAGCCCUUUUCAGUUUAUUGUUCAACAAAGUGUUAUUUAUCAUUCGUCUAAAUAAUUUCUCAUUAGAAAUCUUUUUAAUUUUUCUACUUUCAAAUUUUAAAUAUUUUUCCAAAUUAUGUCCAAUUAAAUGUCUGUUUUUUUCCUUCAAUUAUGUACAAUGUACAACUUUGUGCCCAAAUCUCAUACUCAGGAAUAAUUUUCUUCGUUCGAUAAAUAUUAUCAUGUGCCAAAAGUGGGUUUUUCAAAAAUGAGUUUUUUUCAGCAGCAAAUUAGAAAAAUCAUUUUAUUCAGACAUUUUGAGAAAGAAAAAAAAAUUUGAUAUUUAGACAAUGAUGUCCAAUGUGUAUUUUAAUUCUUUAUUUUCACAUAAAUAAAUAUAAUUAAAGAAAAAGAUGCUAUUAGAAUUUAAGAUAAUUUAUCGAGAAAAAAUAGGAACUUUAUAUUUCAAUCUCGAGUUUCUUAACAACUCCAGAUUUGUUAAAAAUAAUAAUAAAUAAUAACAAUAAUAAAAAAUAAAAAUUAAUAAUAAUAUAGUAAUUACUACAUUAAAAAUUACACUUUUUUGCCCUAUUAGUAAAAACGUGAAAUUCUUCGUUAAAGUGUGAAAAUUUUUUUAUAAAAAUUAAAACGAGUUGAUAAAAGUAAAUCAAGAAUAAAUUGUUAAACUUCUCUCGUAAGGGAAAUUUUUUACUUGAGAUUCAUUGAUAUUUUUCCGAUUUUACUAGUAAUAUUUUCGAAAUGAAGAUAUUCAUCAAUUUUCAAAUGAUUUUCAGAAUUUUAAAAUUAUUCUCGACAUUAGCGGAAUAAAAGUGGUUUUACAGAAAAUUUUAAUUGUAUAAUUACAAAUGUGUUUUAAUAAGUGAAAUUGUCCUGCACUUUUUGUAAAUAAAGCGUAACUUUCUCGAAUACAAUUAACAAAACUCGAAAUUCACUUUGAGAAGAAUGUCUAUUAUGUGAUAGAGAUUUAUAGAUGUAAAUAAAAUAUAUGUAAUAGAAAAUAAAAUGUACAGUAGAGUAAAAAAUUAUAUAACCUAUACUCGAAAUAUAUAUUGACGGUGAAAAAGGUUCAUAUAUUUGACUUGACUUUUUUCCAAUCAAAAAACAAUUCUUUCCAAAUAUUGUACAAUUUUGAAAUUAAAACAAUUUUUUUACUGUUCAAAUUUGAUAAAGAUUACAAAAUCGAACUAAAAUAAAUUGAUAUUCAUGUGACUUUUAUUAUUUUGAUUAUUAACGGACUUUGGUUGAUUUUGGACUUUAUCAAUUUAUAAUAUUUAUUUCGUAAUCACUCAAAUAUCUAAUCAAAAUUGUGUCAAUUUUGUUGUUCCAAAAAUAAAGAACUUUGCAAACAUUUAAUCUAUAUUAAAAUUUUGUCAUUAAUUUCCAAUCUGAAAUUAUAGAAGACAAAAUUUUAAAAAGCAUUUUUGCAAAGCAUUAAUAAACAAAAGAAUACAUGGGAAUUUUAUAAACUUUGUGAUAAAAAAGAAAUUACUUGAGAGGAGUAAAGUUUUCAUAUUAAAAUGUCACAUUUAACAAUAAACAGGAACAGGUAUUUACAAAUGUGUUUAACAAUGUAUUUGUUAUCGAAAAUAUCGAUUCUGAGGUAAAAGAAGAAAUUUCCCGUAAACGAUCUGAUAAGAUUUUAAUCUUUUGCGAAAAAAGAGUUUAUAAAUAUUAAGUAAUCAUGAUUUUAAUUUUUAAAAGCAUCUGUUUUAGAUAGAAGAGUUUUAAUCGAAAAAUUCCCCUCAUUCGCAUUCGAGGCGAUUAUAAUUCUUCCUUGUUAAUUAUUAGUAAAAUAAUUUUACCAAAUAAACUGUAAAUAUGGCCAAUUUUCUAAGUUUUUCAUUUUUAAUUGUUUGUGUCCUACUUCUAGUACAAAGGAAUUUAUCAUCGCCUAUUGUAGGUGGACAAAGCAGAAUUGAUGUUUACCAACCGGACAUUUUGAAGUUUAUAGAACUUGCUAGAAAAGAAUAUUCCGGAACUGUACAAAAAACAUACGAACCUAUUAUUAUUGAGGUUAACAGAGCUACCUCACAAGUUGUCUCUGGAAUAAUGUACAGAAUUAAUUUAACAUUCGCAGCUAGUAUCUGUAGAACCGGAAUUAAAAAUUGUCCUCAAUUAGAAGGUGGAAAAGAGGACAAAUGUACCUUGGAAGUAUGGUCGCAGCCAUGGAUUGAUAAUGGUUCACCAAAGUAUAAAUUAAUUUGUUAGAAGCGUAAUAUUUAUAAUUAAUUAUAUAAAACGCAUUCCUAAUUAAUGUAUUUGAGAAAAUUUUAAUAUAUUACUAAUUUUAAUUUAUAUUUUAUUUUAAUUAAUUACAUUAAAGUAUAAAGCGUUAUUGUAAACAUGUCUAAAAGAUGUUAAAAGUAAAUUAAAAUAUAACUUUUGUGGCCCUGAAUAGGGUCGGUUGUUUUCUAAAAUGA